AUGGAGUCGGCGCGUCUGAUGGUCCGGGGGCCGGGGGACGGGCGGGGACGCAACACCGUGCCUUUCCAGCGAGUGUCUGUCUGCGGGAUUCAUGUCACUGGGGUACCAUUUGAUGAACUGGUGCGUGCAGCGACCCUUCUCAUUGACGCAUUGAACCUAAGGCGCAAGUACAUGGACAUCUCGUACCAGUCGUUCCCCACGGGGCUCGCGUAUUACCUGGACCACCACGAAGCCCCGCCGCGGGGUCCGUACCACCAGACCUCCAUGAACUUUGGAGGAGCCAUGAUUAAAUUUGAUAAUUCCCAAGCUGAGCAGUACCUGCGACUCACAACUUGUUCCUCUGAGGAGCUGUGCCUCCCGCUCCCGGAGAGACCCAGCAUGACCAGCAUGACGAGGUCCGAUACUAACUUGAACACUAUGAUCACCCCAAUCGGCCCGAUAAAGUCGGGCAUACACCGCGAGUCGUGCGACAGUCAAGAAGAACUGGAUCAUCCCUGGAGCUGCAACAUACCCUCGGACUGCCACUACCUGUACCGCUGGGAGCGCGGUGUGAUCACAAUCUAUCGUACCGAAGGCGACAUGGCCGACCAUCAUCCGCUACCUUACAGGAACGUCAGUUUUGAGAAGUAUGUCGAGGACUUGUCACGACUCUCUGACAUGGUGGCUGAUGGUCCACUUAAAUCGUUCUGCUACCGCCGCCUUAGCUACCUGUCAUCUAAAUUCAAAAUGCACGUACUUUUAAACGAAUUGCACGAACUGGCUCUACAAAAGGCUGUUCCACAUAGGGAUUUUUAUAAUGUCAGGAAAGUGGACACCCACAUCCACGCAGCAUCUAGCAUGAACCAGAAGCACCUGCUGCGCUUCAUCAAGCGUACGCUGCGCUCGUGCGCCAGCGAGGUGGUGGCGGUGCAGCGCGGCGUGCCCAAGACCCUGCGCUCCGUGUUCGAGGAGAUGAACCUGGAUGCGUACGACCUGAAUGUGGAUCUGCUGGAUGUGCACGCGGAUAGAAACACAUUUCACCGCUUCGACAAGUUCAAUGCGAAAUACAAUCCCGUCGGCGAGAGCAGCCUCAGGGAAGUGUUUCUAAAAACUGAUAACUACAUGAACGGCACAUAUUUCGCUAGGAUAAUCAAGGAGGUGAUAAGCGACCUUGAAGAGAACAAGUAUACAUAUACGGAGCCUCGCAUCUCUAUCUACUGCAAGAGCCGCACGGAGUGGAGCAAGCUGGCGUCGUGGGCGCUGCGCCAUGACGUUGCUUCGACGCACGUGCGCUGGCUCGUGCAGGUGCCGAGGUUAUACGACAUCUACCGCAUUAACAAAUUGCUGAACAACUUCCAAGAGUUUCUCACCAACCUGUUCGAGCCCCUCUUCGAGGUGACCAUCAACCCGGACUCCAAUAUUGAACUUCACAAGUUCCUCACGCACGUGAUUGGAUUCGACAGCGUGGACGACGAAUCUAAGCCCGAGAAUCCAAUUCUGAGCGAGAACAUGCGAGCUCCCGCUGACUGGAACGACGAGGAGAACCCGCCCUACGCGUACUAUCUGUACUAUAUGUACGCGAAUAUGGUCACCUUGAACCAGUUGAGGAAAGAACGUGGUAUGAACACUUUCGUUCUGCGACCUCAUUGUGGCGAAGCUGGACCCCCUUCCCAUCUCAGCGCUGGCUUCUUGCUGUCAGAGAACAUCUCGCAUGGACUCAUAUUGAGAAAGGUACCAGCGCUGCAGUAUGCAUACUACUUAGCUCAGAUUUACAUCGCGAUGUCUCCACUCAGCAAUAACUCGCUGUUCCUGCGCUACCAUCGCAAUCCGCUGCCGGAGUACUUCGAGCGAGGUCUUAAGGUCACACUGAGUACUGACGAUCCUCUGCAGUUCCACUACACUAAGGAACCCCUUAUAGAAGAGUACAGCGUUGCGGCUCAAGCGUGGAAACUGAGCGCGUGCGACAUGUGCGAGAUGGCGCGAAACUCUGUUAUCAUGUCUGGGUUCCCGCACGAGAUGAAGCAACACUGGCUGGGGCCCCAGUACCAGCGUGAGGGCCCCGAGGGCAACGACAUCACGCGCUCCAACGUGCCCGACCUGCGGCUCGCCUACCGGCACGAAACGCUACUCGACGAACUUGAUAAUCUCUUUAAGGGUGCAAUGUGA